AAAGGAGGAGCUUCAAAAGAGCUCCCAUCUUCUCCCCACUUCUCUUCUCACACGGCUGAUUUGAAGUCUGGUAUUAUUUACACUCACGAUGCAGCUCUUUGGACCUCUGAUCUUCCUUGUGACUCUGUCUGCAGCGUUUGGGUUGAGAUGCCACUCAUGUUCAGGCAAAUCCUGCACCGGCCCAAUGACUUGUCCUCAAGGCGUUGACCGUUGUGCCAUCGCUGAAUCUAACGGUGCUGUUGUUAAGAACUGCAUGCUCAGUGCUCUCUGCGUUAGUCCCAUAAAGUGCUGUGAGACGGACUUGUGUAACAGCGCCACACCCACUGGUUCCAGUGUCCUCCUCCUGCUGGUAUCCUCAGGCAUCAUCACACUCUUUCUCUGAGGCUCAGGAGCAGCUCCAGCUGAAGAAUAUUUGUCUUCUGUCUUACCCAGUUUGUAACUUGUUAAGAGUAGACACAUUUUCAAUAUGUAAAAGCUGCAAAUGACUGCAGAUAAAAGCUGGUCCAAUAAAAACAUAAUACAGUUA